UCUAUCGUAUAUAUCGUGUUUUUUUGUAUUUAAUCAUUUUGGUCCCCUCACAACCAGUGAAAAAACUCCGUUGUAAACGUGAAUCGUUGCUUGGAAUAUUUUUGCGACAUGACGAAUUGAGAGGACAUUUUUUUUAUCAGUGAUUGAUAACUUCCUGUACAGCAUGAACGUUUCAGGAGCCCGUUUCAUCAUAUUUCUGGUUUGUUUAACAGUAUUGGAGCGAGUAUUCUGUGCUCGCAAAAACGAACUGAACGUGUCAAAAGGAGACCCGUUACCAAUGCUGUUCUGGCCAAUACAGACGUCAAAACACAACAAAACAAUCACGACUGGGAAAAUGUUAGCCAUAUUGCACGAUGUAGAGUUGGUAUCGGGUCCCACAACGAACGCAGGCAUACUCGACGCUCUCAGUUUCAAUGGGAUGCCAACUUCGUAUGUUAAAAUCCAAAACAUCAACGGUAUCCUGAAUGGUGACAACGCAUUGAAUUGGAUGUUCUAUGUGUAUAUCUCUUAUAGCAUUCAAACCGCCUCACUUCUGGAAUACCACAAUGGCGGGACGGUGGCUGGUUUUACUCUAGGUAUCAGCAAUCAAAAGCUAACUGCUUCCUUUUACGAUCAACUUGGCUUGUCCUACAAUAUCCAAAGUACUUUCUCCAUACCUGUAUCAAUAUGGACUUUUGUAGGUGUGAACUUCAAUAAAUUAUGGAGCAAUGAUCAAUUUGAUCUUUUUAUGAUCGAUGCAGCUGGGUCUUUAAUUUCUGAAACCACUGGUCUGGGAGCUGCAUCCAGUGUUUUGAUUCAAGCUUUAGGUUCGGUGGUAAUAGGUUCGAACCAUUUGGGUAAUCAAAACUUUGAAGGAAAAAUAGCAUGCAUCCAGUUUUCAAAUAAGUCGCAAAUCCAUGGUCCACAGAAAAAUGCGCCCGAUGUGUGUGAUCCGAAUUUGUGGACAGAUCCAGAAUAUGAUAGAUAA